GAGAGAGAGAGAUUGGGGGAAGGUGAAGCUGAAGCUCCUUUAUUGUCAGUGCUGACCUCUGAUUUCAUCUGAGAGCAGUGACCAAGAGUGGGGACAAGAGGGUAAAGUCCUUGAGCUGGAAUAAUGACCCGUGACAGGCUGAGAGGGAUUUCGCAAGUGCUUCUGUGGUGGGUGUGGGCGGAGCUGUUGGAAGAGCAGCCGGAGGACCAGCCCAGCUCAGCUGAGAUCUGAUCAGCCUUCAGCCAGUGGCACCAACUGGUGUCCAAUUCACAGUGGAGAACAAUCUCCCCACUCUCUUCCCUCCCUGGGUGGGAGGAGACCACCUUCCUUCUGUGUCAGCGCUUCAUUCCAAGGCCAGCCUGAAUACCACCACCUCUCUUCCCUCCUGGGAGGAUGAGGGCUGGGAGCCUGGAAACUUCUGCCCUUGCCAUCCUGCUGGCGUUCAUUGCUGAGUCCCAGGACUGCCAGCUGCCCCCUGUGAUGCCCUCUCCCUUCCCCCCUCCUCACUCAGGAUGCUCCAGACCCUGUAUGACUACUUCUGGUGGGAACGGCUGUGGCUGCCUGUGAACUUAACCUGGGCUGAUCUAGAAGACCGGGAUGGACGUGUCUAUGCCAAAGCCUCAGACCUCUACAUCACACUACCCCUGGCCUUGCUCUUCCUCAUCGUUCGAUACUUCUUUGAGCUUUACGUGGCCACCCCACUGGCUGCCCUCCUGAACAUAAAGGAGAAAACUCGACUGCGGGCACCUCCCAACCCCACCUUGGAGCAUUUCUACCUGACCAGUGGCAAGCAGCCCAAACAGGCAGAGGUAGAGCUCCUGUCACGGCAGAGCGGGCUCUCUGGCCGCCAGGUAGAGCGCUGGUUCCGGCGCCGCCGCAACCAGGACCGGCCCAGUCUCCUCAAGAAGUUCCGAGAAGCCAGCUGGAGAUUCACCUUUUAUCUGAUCGCUUUCAUUGCUGGCAUGGCUGUCAUUGUGGAUAAACCCUGGUUCUAUGACAUGAAGAAGGUUUGGGAGGGAUAUCCCAUACAGAGCACCAUCCCUUCCCAGUAUUGGUACUACAUGAUUGAACUUUCUUUCUACUGGUCCCUGCUCUUCAGCAUUGCCUCUGAUGUCAAGCGUAAGGAUUUCAAGGAACAGAUCAUCCACCACGUGGCUACCAUCAUCCUCAUCAGCUUCUCCUGGUUUGCCAAUUACAUCCGAGCAGGGACUCUGAUCAUGGCUCUUCAUGACUCUUCUGACUACCUGCUAGAGUCAGCCAAGAUGUUUAACUAUGCGGGAUGGAAAAACACCUGCAACAACAUCUUCAUCGUCUUCGCCAUUGUCUUCAUCAUCACCCGACUGGUCAUCCUGCCCUUCUGGAUCUUGCACUGCACCGUGGUGUACCCACUGGAGCUCUACCCCGCCUUCUUUGGCUACUACUUCUUUAAUUCCAUGAUGGGAGUGCUACAGCUGCUACAUGUCUUCUGGGCUUACUUCAUUCUGCGCAUGGCCCACAAGUUCAUAACUGGAAAGCUGGUAGAAGAUGAACGCAGUGACCCGGAAGAAACCGAGAGCUCAGAGGGGGAGGAGGCUAUAGCAGGGGGAGGAGCAAAGAGCAGGCCACUAGCCAACGGCCACCCCGUCAUCAGUAACAACCAUCGUAAGAAUGACUGAACCAUUGUUCCUGCUGCCCCUCAGAUUAAUGCGUAAAGCCAAGGAACUAGUCCCUCCUCCCCACAGGGCCACUUUGAGCCCUGGGGGCUGGGGAGGGGGGCUGGGAAGCAGAAAGCAAGGAGAAAGUUCUUCUGUGUCCCAGCCCCCUGCUUCUUUGUCACCCAGUUGCCUUUAAACCAAAUUCGAACCAGCCAAUCCCCAGGUAGAGGGGAGGCUGGUACAUCCUUUGUUAGAGGGGGACGGACUUCUUUUCCUCUCUUUUUUUCAAGGUGUACUGUUGUUUCUGAGGCCCUUCCUCAGCUCUGGGGGUGGGGGUUACAACUCACAUUCCUUAUUCUUCAGAAUUUGGCCCCAGCUGUUUGCCUCUGACCCCCUGACCUCCAGAGCCAGGGUCGUGCCUUACUGUGCCACCUGUGGGCCUCAUUCUGCCAAAGAUGGACCAAGGCUCACCUUUCUAGGCUCCCUAACUUGGGCCAGAAACCAAAGCUGAGCUUUUACUUUUUUCCCUCCAAAGACACAAAUGAAUUGAGUGUAGGAGGGUACAUAUGACCCCUGCCCUACCUCUGCCAAAAAGGAGGAGCCACACUGGGACUGUUCGGCCGGUCUACGUGUCACUUCUCUGCCAGCUCUCUCUAGUCACAGGUCCAAGAUCUUACUGCCUCCUUUCUUUGGCCUCUUUCCCUAGGCUAGCUGGUUUGGAAUAGAAUGGCAACUAGUUCUAAUUUUUAUUUAUUAAACAUUCGGUGUUUUGGUUUUCAAGCCAGAAUUACAGCUAGCACCUGGCAUUUGAGCAGAGGGACCACUUCAGACCAAAAUGUACUGUUAAUGGUGUUUUGUUUUUUUUUUAAUUAAAAUAUAUUAAAGAUGAAAACAUGGCAACAAGUGUCUGAGACUAGCAGGAACUGCGAAGGGGGAUCAACUAAAUAAACUAAGGUAGUCUUCCUCA